GAGGUACAAUUCCAAAUAACACUUAAAUACAUGUAAAAGAAAUGCAUGCAUACUAUAGAACAAUUAACAAAUAUCAAUAUUUCACUGUGUAUCAAAUAGGCCUGCAGCCAGCCACCUAAAUUGGUUGAAGUUGUUUGGUUUUGCAGGCGAUGGAGAACAGCAGGUGCAGGUGCAGGUGCAGAGAGCAGUUAUUGAAAAUUGUUCAGAAAAUCUUUGACAAUGAUUGGUGUAGUUAUUUGAUUUGCCCUCUCCAUCUCUUCUCUUCUCUUCUCUUCUCUUCUUUGCCUGCAUGCGUCUGAUCAGGUCUGCCAAUUCAGUUUAGUUCAGUUCAGUGUAUGUAUUCAACAAAUUAGGGUUUCUGCAUGCGGCGCUGCUCCCAUUCUCUGAUCAUUUAUACCCAUUCCUCAUCGAUCACUCUCCUGAUCGAAUAAUGCAUUCUUAAUUAUGUAUUUAACUAUUUCUGUUAGUUUCUUUCUAAUCUACUUUUAAUGAAGAUCUUUGUUCUAUUGCGCGCUGUAGAUUGACUAUGAUUUCUGUCUUUGCUUAACGCGGUGGAUUGUAAAACAAUAUCGGAGGUUUUAUCGGAUAAGUCAAUGGUAGUGUAUAUUUUGAGAUUAAUUUGUGUGUGGAUUAAUCAUUUUAUAGAGGUAGUAAAAUCUUAUUCCAGAUUGAACUCUAAUAGUUGAUUUUUCAGAUUGGACAAACGAUACGGGUAUGGUUUAGCAAAUACCGGUUAAUACCAUGUAUGUAGCUGCUCUCAAGGAGUAAAAUUUUCUAAACAAUACAAGCAAAGAAAAACAGUGAUAGAUGGACACGAUUUACAAAAUGUUUAGCAAUUAUAAACGUUAGUAUGCUACCACUCAAGGAAUUCGGUACGCCACUAAACGCACAGCUCUAGUAAAUUUCCGAGGAACGCAAUGAAUGUGUUCCAAAUAUGUUUUAGAAGUCCAACAUAUACAUAUUUCAAAUGUAGAAAUCGAAUUAACGUUUUAAAUUGAGAAGAUUUUUUUGUAUAUAUAGUUCAUUUGGUUCUAAAUAAUUGGCAUAUGCAUUAAUCAACUUUGGCUACUGAUUAAGAGUAUGAUUUUUUUUUUUUUUUUUUGUGUUCAUUACUUUGACUGUCGACCAAUGAUAGUCACCAUUGAGAUUCACUUUAGCUGCAAUUAUUAAAUAAAAAUAAGCUCCUAGAUCAAUGGAAACCGUGUUCUUACUGGGAAUGGCUACGGUGCUAAUUGUACAAUAGUUAGCACCGUCCUAACCAAGGGAAAAACUACUACUAAUUUGAAUUAGUUGUGAUUUAGUUUAGAUGUUGUAUUGAUUUUAUAAUAAUUCGUAAAGAUUUCGUUAUUUUUAGUAGCGUUUUUUGCUAGUUAUUACGGUGCUAACCCCACCUAAUCCCAUCCCGUUCUUACUCCUCCAAGUAUGUAGAAAGAACCCAACCGUCCAUAAACUAUAAAAGGGUUCGUUAGUGGAAUGUAAUACUUUGGCACCUUUUCUUAAUUCACUAAAUUAAGUCAAUUGGUUUUUUAAUUAGAAAAGAUAAUCAAGCAUUAAUUUAUUAAAACUUAUUAUAAAAAUUGUCGAUAACAAAAUUUUAUCCAGAAAUCCUUCCUUUUCUGAAUUCCAUGGGCUACAACGUAACUAAACCACCCCUAAAACAAAACGGUGGUUUUGGAAUCUAAAAGUCAAACAAGAUGCAAAGAAAGAUAUAUGUGUUCCUUAAGGUAACAUUAUGAUAGAACUAACCUGAUUUAUACAUAAGAAUAUUUGUAUUUUAUUAAACUCAUACCAAGAUUCAAGUAGUACAUCUGAUCGAGCUGGGGAAACGAGGACGAAAAGUGGUCAUCCCAACUUCAACUUGCCGGUUUAAAGAUUACAAUAAUAACAUCAAAACAUUAUUAUAUAAAUAAUAAUAAGCACUAUGUAGGUUUAAUUCAAACUUCUUAUUUAAUUUUAUGAGAGUCCCACAUGGAGUUCCCAUCUUAUACGGUGUCCCCAUAAUUAACAAAAAAGAUAAAAGUAAAUCAUGCAAUGCAACAAUAACAUAACGUGAUAUGAAAACAUUCAUCACGUACACUCUGAAUUUAAACAUCAAGGUCAAUAAUCUAAAAAAUAAAAUAGUAGUACAAUUUGCAUUUAUAUGUGGUGAAACCUUGGAAAGUGUCAUGAUCAGAAUUAUUAACUCACAAAUUUCGUAAAUCUAAACUUCUACAACGAAUAUGAAUGCAACGGAGAGAUCAAUCAACCGAUAAAAGAAAAAAUGAUUAGAAUUUAGAUUUUGCUAAUUACUCUUCUUGGCAAGCAAAGUGCGAUUCCUCUGCUAAUGUUUAUAUUUUAAGAAACUAUUAUUUGACAGUUGAGGAGGCAGUUAUAGUUGCAUAUAAAAUUAAAGGCCAAAUUGUCCAUCUAUUCUAAAAUAGUAAGUAUUAUUGUAGGGGGGGAAAAUUGAUUUGUAUAUAAUAACUGGCAGCAUACAUGUAUUAUUAUGAUCUUACAGCUCAAUAAAUAAUAGUAAAAUGCUAUUAGACAAUAAUUCAAACAUGGUUUUUCUCCGCUAGUUUUUAUUUUUGCCUUCGUAGAGAGUGAUUUAUUAUGUUAAUCCUAUUUAUUUUUAUCGUAUUCCUCCAAGUACAACCAAAUAUAUAGAAUGAUAAGAUUUAUAGAAAUACCUCAGAGUACACCAACCUUUAAUUUAUCAGAUACUUUAAAACUCCUUAUUUAUAUAUAAGCUUAGUUUGGCCCUGCGGUAGAUUUUGCAGAAGCAGAGCUUUUAGAUAAGUAUUUUUCAAAAUAAGCAGUUGAGUGUUUGGCGGUAAAACUAUUAGCAGUGUUUUUUAAUAAGAGGGGUUGUGUAAAAUGACUAUAAAGGACUUAUAACAUAAAAUAUGAAUACAAAUUCUAAACAAUAAAAAGUAGUCAAAAUGGAUCUUGUUAGAUUUAUUUUAUGUUAAUUAAUAUGAUUUUAUAAUAUAUUUUAUUUUUAAAAUGAUAUAAAUGAAGGAAAAAUAUUUUUUUUGAAAUAAAAUUAAAAUAUGGUAAGAAUAAUAUUGUAUUUUCAAAACACUUUUUCGCAGAAAGCUCCAAAUUGGAGCUUCUGCUUUUAUGUUAUACAAAAGCGCUUUUCGGCUUUUCAAAAAGCCGAGAUUUUACAAGUGUUUGGCCCUGCUUCAGCUUUUAAAUCCGAAAAACACUUUUAAAAACCGGGCCAAACAUAGGGAUAGAGCUCUAUGUUACCAGACUAAUUAGAUAUGAAGGUACCACAUAUUUUUAGUAAAAAAAAUUAUUUAUAAACUUUGAAUUAUUCAGAUUUUGAGCAUAAUAUUAUACCCCGAAUCUUAACGAGUAAAACUUAGAUCCUAAUUCUCUAGAUGCAUCAUAUAAUUAGGACCUAUAAUUUACGGCCUUAAGAAUUAGGGUUAGUACUAUGCCCAAAAUCACAUUAAACACAAAAGUCCAAAUUAGCAUAUAUUUUUAAUAACAGUAUAUGAUACCGCAGAUCUACAAUGAACACAAUUGAAACAAACAUCUACAUAUAUAUAUAUAUAUAUACUAUUUGUUUCCGCUCCAACAAUCAAUACUUCAUUUAAUUGGUUUUCAAUCAUUAGUGCCACAAUAAUAAACAAUAAUUGGUUUUCAAAUCUCUAUAUAUACGCCUGCAAAUUAAACAAGAAAAAUAUAGCAAAUAAAAAAGAGAGAAAAAAUAAUUUAAAUAGUGUCCAUAUAAACGAAGCAUCUUCAUCAUCAACCUCCUCAUUAUCUCCGAUCCCCUUGUCCUCAUAAUAUUCUUCGUCAAUAAUAAUAGCCGCCAUGGAUUCUUCCAGCAAUUACAGUAGUAAUAGCCAUAAUAAUAAUAAUAAUACCAAGAAACCAAGCAGCAAGAUCAGCGACAUCGUCAGCCUCCAACGAAUCCUCAAGAAGUGGAAAAGCAUCGCCACCACCACCACCACCUCUCCCUCCACCCCCACCUCCGCCGCCGCCACAAGCAAGAGCAUGAAGUUCAUCAGACGAACAUUCUCAUUCAACGACGUCGCGUCAGCCGCCACGUCCUCAUCCUCCUCCUCAAACGGCGCCGUUCCCAAGGGCUCCGUCGCCGUCUGCGUGGGGAAAGAGCUGAAGCGAUACGUGGUCCCCACCGAGCACCUGGGCCACCACGCGUUCCGCGUUUUGCUCCGCGAGGCCGAGGAGGAGUUCGGGUUCCAGCAGGAAGGCGUGCUCCGGAUCCCAUGCGACGUCGGAUCGUUCGAGGCCAUCCUCAAGGUCGUCCAGGGCAAAACGACGCCGUACUCGUCGUCGGACCACCACCACUUGUACGAUGAUGACAUGAUGAUGAUGAUGUCGGACGGGGAGGAGGAUUACGAGGAGCAGUACUGCCACCAGUUCGGGUUCCCGGCGUCGCCGGCCACCGGGAGCGGAGGGUGCUGCUCGCCGUCGUCGUCGUCGUCGGCGAAUUCGGAUCAGUACCACGGCCACCAGCAGCAGCAUCAUCACCACCCGCAAAUGUGCAGAUGAUGAUUAAUGAUUGAAUAAUGUUCGUAAAUAUAGAACUAUGUGGACUGAAUGAGUACAUACUACGUACGUACUCAAAGUAGAGCACAAUAAUAUUUUCCUUCCUGUUAAUUAGCUACAGAUUCGGGUAUGCGAUUAAUUUUUCCGAAUUGACACACUGAUUUGGAUAAUAUUUAUAAGAAUUUUGAUGAUGAAAGUAAUCGUUUCGAUGUUAGUACAAUACUACAGUCUCGAUCAGUUUUCCGUUGGUUCGUUGGUUGGUUGGUUGUUCCAAACAUCAUCAAUCACGGAUUUGUUGUAAAUGACUUAGUUGAAAUGGUUUAAGUCACUGUUUGUGUGCAGCAAAAAAGUUUAGUGGUUGUUCAAGUAUGUAGUUGACCGACCAUAAGAAGGCCUUGCUUCGGAUCUAGUUUUCCACAAGGCAAAAGAUGGUUUAUGUCACAUGAGUUUGUUUGACCAAAAGUAAACUACAUUUCUUCCCAUGUUAUGUUAACAUAUAUAGUAUACUAGCCUAUAGCCCGGCCCAUUGGCCGCAUUUGUUUAAGGAAAUGGAGUUACAAUAUCUAUAAUGAUAGUGUCAAGAAAUGAGUCUUGUUUUAUAUUAUCAUAAGAUUGUUGCAAUUUUUCAAUUCGUUGAAGACGAACAAUUAAUUUGAAUGAACAUUCAUAAUAAGUUAGAAAUACAUUUGAAGAUUAGCUAAUCACGAUAAAAAUACUUACAUAAAAUCUUACUAAUCACAAAUCUAAUCUAGUUGAGUAUUACGACAAAUAACAUGCAAGUCCAAAAUAAGAAAACUCAAGACAUUGUCUCAUUGUUCAUGACAUGGUACUCAAUUCAACAAAGGCAAAAAUAAUUUCACCAACACAAGUUCACAAUAACCAAAUGCAUCGUUCCAGGGACCGACUGUGACCAUGACUUCAAAUGUCUGUUCUCCAAGCAUGUUCAGAAGGGCCAUAUAGUCAGCAUUGACAACAUCUGCAUGACUGAAUACAGAUCCAACAAUCGUUCGUAACUGUGAUGACGGGAAGAUGAUGUCAACACCAAUGAAUUUGUCCUCAAUUGUGAGGUGGACGAAAUGGAUUCUGGAUGCAGGGGACCAGGACGUCGUCAAAUUCGUUACACGUCCAGAUAACAAAAAAGAGGUGCCCUGAUGUAAACAUAGAAACGAAUAUUGUCAAAGCAAAUCGAUAAAAUGCAGCAUGCCACAAAAGGCGUACGAUUAAAAAGAAAUUUAUUUGUUUAGUUACCUGAUUUUCGACAUCCACUUGCAACAUAAUGAGAUCGAUGGUGUCGGCACGCUCACAAAUUUCAAGAGCAUCAUCAUAUUGCAGAUUAGCAAUAAAACCAUGGGGAAGCCUAUAUAUUGGACUGUAAGUUUUGGCAGUAAGUAGUGAAAAAGAAUCGAAAUUACAUGAUGUAGUAUUUGUUGGAUGCAUGAGCAGUACUUACUGAUUGAAUUGAGGCAGGCCCGCCAUAUUGAAUGCAAUUCGCACGGUCAAUGGAACCGAAGUGUUUUGUAUGGGAAGUAGUAAACGGAAAUUGUAACAUGAGAGAAAGUGACAUCUCCAUUAUAUAAAGGAGAGAAAGUGAUUCUACACACGUGAUUUACUUGGCCGCAUGCAGUGGAGUACGUGUGUGUGUGGAAAGUGGGAUAGUGGGGGAGUGGAGAAGGAUUUGUGGCCUCGUGGGGGAGUGGAGAAGGUUGGCCAUUUAGAGUUCAAGAGGCGGCUGUGUCACGGAACUCACGACCCACCUUCUUUUUUUUUUUUUUUUGAGGGGAACGACCCACCUUCUUAAAAUCAAACAUGCACCUUCCUUUUAUUUUGUUGCAAUUAAAAAUUCAAAAACAAAAGAAGGUAAGUACAUAAUAAAAUAUAAAGAGAAGAAAAAUCA